AUGAAUAAACUAGACGAAAUAGUUCGAGUUCCCAAGGAACAAAACACUGGUUAUAGAUGCAGUCGUAGUGAUGGGAACCACAACCCCACUAAAUGCCGUUUUAAGGAAUCUAACUGCCAUGCAAGUGGGGAAAUUGGUCAUAUAUCUAGGGCUUGUCGAAGCAAAGCAAAAAGGAAACAACCACCGAAAGGAAAACCAAAGAAUCACCUUUCUGAACAGGGACAGGGAAGUUCGAGCGAAGACAGCCCUAAUGAAGAAAAUGCCAGCACCAGCGCCUUUACACCCCUGGGAAUGGCCCAGUCGUCCAUGGCCCGAAUCGACAUUAACUAUGCAAGUCCGUUCAUGGGUAAAAUGUUUCUCCUCAUUAUCGAUGCCCAUUCAAAAUGGUUGGAUGUACAUUAUGUUAACACUGCAACAACCGAAACUACUAUUACAAAACUCCGAGUUACGUUUGCAACACACGGUAUCCCACAAGUAAUCGUCUCUGACAAUGGCACAAUAUGCACGAAACUACAGCGGGAACGGCAAAUGGAUGCCUGGAAUCAUCGUUGAGGAAACUGGGCCAGUAUCAGUUAAGGUAGAAUUGGAAGAUGAAAUUAUUAUUAUAACUUUUAGCAAGCACGUGCAAUGACGAAUUCUGAACUCGGGGUCCCUCUCCUGGAUCAACCUGAUCUUCACGACACAGUUGGGCAAGACGUACCUUUACAAGAAGAUAUGGGCGGUCCAGUACUGGAGUUCGAAAACGAAAGUGUUCGGCGUUAUCCCACAGGAAAUCAAAAACCACCCGAUCGUUUUGAAUGA